AUGGAAGAGAAGGCUGAGCUCGGGAAGCAGACCAGUUGGACGGAUGUCGUCAGGAAAAAUACAAGGAGAGGAAAAGGCGAAAAACCAGUCGACAAACCAGCUGAGCUGGCAGUCGCGGGAACAAGACGGACCAACCAGAAGAACCCGCCGAUGAAGCGAAAACCUCCAGCAUUAUUGGUGCGCGUAAAGGAAGGAGAUUACAAGAACGUACUCCAAAAAGUAAGAAACAGCGAUGAGAUCAAAGUAGUCGUGGACAAAAUAACAGCGCUCACAAAAACCAAAAGCGGGGACCUCUAA